GAGAAAGUGAUGACUUUCAUUGUUAUCGUCGACUCGGAGCUUAACAAUGGCUUCUGACGACUAGAGCUAAAACCAUUCACAAUGUUGUUCUCACCCUCGAAUUUACAAUCACCCAAACGUCUAAUCUUUUGGAAUCCGAUUCUCCAUUACGGAUUCAUCGAUAAAAAUCUCUCCUUUCGCCGACGGGACACUCUCCGGCUAGCUUUUCCGAUUUCACGAUACGCAAAGGGUUCAGAGUCAAUCGCGUCUUCUUCUCCCUCUCCAUUGUACUCGAAUCCGCAGGAGCCAUCGAUCUCUUCCCAAUUCACGUCGUCCGUGGGGCAGCCUCCUCUUCAACUCUCUCAAUGGACAUUCACACAGAAGCACUUCGUCUUGCUCAAUGUCGUCGCUUGCGUAACAGCAAUUUCAGCAUCGUGGCUCUUCUUUGCUGCAAUUCCUACUCUUCUGGCUUUCAAGAAAGCAGCUGAGUCUCUUGAAAAGCUUCUGGAUGUAACCAGAGAAGAGCUACCAGAUACAAUGGCUGCUGUUCGUUUAUCGGGAAUGGAGAUCAGUGACUUAACUAUGGAGCUCAGUGAUUUAGGCCAAGGUAUCACUCAAGGUGUUAAAAGCUCAACACGGGCUAUUCGCGUAGCUGAAGAUAGACUAAGGCGGUUAACAAACAUGAAUCCAGUAGCUUCAAUGCAGGAGGUGAUGCAUCGAACCAAGACAGAGGAAACAGAACCAAUGGUGGCUAGAAAAGCGAGGAGCUUAAAGGAAGGGAUAGUUAAAGGACGUUCGUUAUGGCAAUUGUUGUCCACAAUCACUCGUUUCUCCCAAACGGCAACAAGUUAUCUUGCAAAGCGAGCUAAGCAGUAGAAGCAUAGAAGGUGAUCAAUCAGAUCCCACUUUUCUCUUACCCUUUUUUUAGAGUCCGAGUCUAGCUUGAGUCUUUCUAGCUUAAGAGUGUAAUUUGAUUGAUAUGAAAUUAUGGUAUUGAUAUCGUGAUGAUUCAUGAGGCGCAAA